AGUUCCUGUUUCUUAAAACAAGCUUCUCACAAACUGGAGAAAAAUGUGGCGUAAAAGUUUAUUUCAGCUGAUGACAUCCUGUGAUGAAGCUCCGUAUUUUCAGAGACCCUACAAAAUGACAGAGAGUGCUAGUCAUUGUUCAAUCACAGAGGCUGUUUUACCUCCAUGUCGUAUAUGUGGGGAAAAAGCUUCAGGAUUCCAUUAUGGUGUUAACACGUGUGAAGCAUGUAAGUGUCUUUCAAUUUUCUUUUCUCUGUUUGAAUUUUUAGCUAUUAAAACAGGACGUUACACUUUAGAGAAAAGAACUAAGGAUAUUCAAGAAGUAAAACGUCUGCAGAAAGCUGAAAUUUCUCCACCUCUUGGCAACUCAGAUGAAGAUCUUGAAGAACUCAUUGCAAUCAUUACAAAAGCCCAUGACAUCUAUGGACAGGAAUGUGUUUUUGAUGAAGAGGAAAUAAAAAGACGACAGCGAAUUUAUUAUGAAGAAUAUAAACUGAAAGAGUCUGUGUUUGGUGAGUUACCAGCAAUAUCAAAAGAGGAAUAUCAUUCAUUCUACCAUUCCACAGGCAUCGACUUAGAUAAUCGACUCCAUCUAAUGGAAGUGUAUGCCAAAUCAAUGGAAGAAAAUGUUCGGCGUUUUGUAAAUUUUUCUAAAUCAAUUCCAUGUUUCCAGAAUUUGACAAUAAGUGAUCAAAGCAGUCUCAUCAAAGCAUCUCGAUUUGAAUUUUGGUAUCUAGGCAAUUUUAAUAUGAUGAACCCAGUUUUAAAAGUAGCAAUGGGACAGAAUGGAGCUUGUUAUCAUUUUGAAGAAAUAUCACGAAUAUGGGACCGAGACUUUUUAGAAGCAGUAUUUCAUUUUAGUGAAGGAUUACAGAAAUUACAUCUGGAUUGUGAUGAGAUUGGUUUGAUACAAGCUAUCAGUAUUAUGUCAGUUGAUAGAUGCACUCUUGAGGAACCAAAGAAAGUUGAAGAAAUUCAGCUGAAAUUAGUCAAUUGUCUCGAUUACUUUUUGACUCAAAGAGAUCCUACAAGUAAACAACGCCUUGCAAAGAUCUUUGAUCGUCUUAUGUCAUUGCGAACUCUUACGGAAUGGAAUGUUAAGCUCAUACAUUCAAUGAAGGUGGAAUGGGCUGUUUUUAGAGAAAAUCCGCUUCUUUAUGAAAUUAUGACAAUAUGACCUUGAUCUUCUGUUGCUAUUUUCUAAUCGGAAGCUAAACCCUGUUUGAAACAGGUCUUAAAAUACUUUUUACCAGACAUUUAUUGAUAUUUUUAUCUAAAAUUUCAUUACCAAAAUUUCAACAUUUCUUUCAUAAAAAAGACUUCAUAUUGCACUAAAAAAAGUGUUUAUUUGAUACCAUGCAACUUAUAAGAAAUGUGCUCAGUUGUAUGGAUUAUAUUUCAUUAUAAAUUUAUUUCAAAUGAUUUAUACUGGAUCAGAAAGUGUCUAACAAAUUCGAAAUAGGUUGCAUGCUUCCUAUUCUUCAAGUGAUAUGCAGUUAUAACAUAUGCAUGUAUGCAUGACUGUUAAUUUGUUUGUUUAUGUGUCUGAGAACAUAUACAUACUUAUGUAUAUGUGUGCGUGUGUCUGUUUUGUUUUUAAAUCUAAUUUAAAUGAAAAAGUUGAAUUUCUACAAAACGAUGUAAAAGGAAUGAUGGCUAAGUUAAUAUACUUUUUUUUUUUAAAUCUGUUUUAAAAUCCAAGAUUUAGCCUUCAUGUUAAAGAUAAAAGGUAAUUAUAAAUCCUCAAAAUAUUUAGUGGAAGAAACUAAAUUGUGAUAUUAGAAAUAUUUCAUUGCAGAAUUUCAUUGUUUUAUUUUUUUUUUAUUUUUCUUUGCUUCCAUAUCACAUGAGUUUACAAUUAAAAAAAAAUCACAAGCAUAUUUGACUACAAAGUACCAACUGCUGGCUGGUUCUUUUGGGGAGUAUGAUAACAAUAACCAUUGAAUUGUUUUAAUUUGAAAUCUGUGUAAUUCUCUACUUGUGGAUAUCUGAUAGUGUGAAUACACUGUUUACCAUUGAGUACCUGAAGAAUGGAACCAGAUAUGUGGUUCUUGAACCAAUAAUUGCUCAGUAUGUUCAAGACAUAAUGUCAUAUAUUCUGUUGCAUUGUGAAGAUGGUUAUCUAAAUUCAUUUGAAUCUGGAUCUUGUAUAUGGAAGAAGAAAAAGAAACUUUUUUUGGAGAACUUAGUACAUUGAAUAUUACUUAAUAACUUGACAGUAAUUUUGCAGACCUAAAUUUAAUGACUUACUGUUAAGAUAUAUAUAUAUGUCUAUAUUUUUUGUUAUUACACACAUAGUUUGUUGGCAUAUAUAUUAUUUGCAUGGAGCUAAAUCAAACUGUUUUAUAUGAUAAUAUAUGUAACUCCUAUGUCGAAUGUCGUUUUCUUUCAUUUGUCCACUCCCUCAUGUGCGUGUGUGUAUAUAUAUAUAUAUUAGGAAUAUUUUUAUGUAUUAAGAUAAAGAAAAGAGACUUGGUUCCAUUCCAGUUGAUUAUGAUAAAUUAAUUAGCUUCUAGUCUGAAAUUGAAGUGGUUACAAAAUGGACUAAUAGUGUAGGAAUUAGUUCUUUUUAAUGAAGUUCAUGACUUAAGCUUUGUGAUUUUUUUUUUUUCCGACUUAUGGUGGUGCUACUGUCCUUAAGAAAAGUGUAAAAGUUUCCAUUUUCUUCCACAUCAUCAAUUCAUGUGAAAUUUAUUAAAAAAAUAUAUAUUAUUGAAUUUUCAUUAAGGCUAUUUAAAAACUUCAUUUAUUACCAGUGCUCAAGUUUAUAGCCAACCCUUGUCAACUCUAUAGAUUUAAUUUACUUGUGUUAAA